CUUUAACAGUUGGAAAUCUUUUGCCAAAGCAGUUGAAACGCAUCAACGGAAAAAAACAAAAGAAACCAUUUUUUUGUCGAUUCUUCUGAAUAGAAAAUGGGCAAACGAAGUUUCAUUUUACGUUACGAAAUGCUAAUUCUGUUUUGUGUUUUCUCUGCGUUCAACAUAGCGUCACACACAAAAGCGUCCAUCGCUGAGGACUCGCAAACGAACCCGGUCAACCUUUCACUCCCGGUUGAAACGAACAGGACAAGGCGAUCGAUAAUCGGUGUUCUCGGGCUUGGGACAUCUUUAUUGAGCUUUACAGUAAGUAACAUCAGAGAAACAUUCGACAAUGACGUAGGGGCAAAGGAGUUGAGCUCCCACUUCCGGAAGAUAAAAAAUUUAUUGGACGCUCAGACUCGGGAACUCCAAUCCAUCAGCCAAAACAUCAACAUUUUAGGCUUGUCUAUAGCGUAUGCUCAACACGAGAAGAAAAUCAAAGACAACCUGUUGGCACUGCAGCAAUACCUGGAACAUCCCAGCGAUCAUUAUCGAGAUGUUUUCGUCGAGCAAGGGAAACAUCUCAACCAAGAAAUCAAUUACCUAGUCGACGGUCUACUGGGCCAAAACAGAUUCAGUCCGGAUAUUAUGGCCGCCAUACGAAAUGCUGCUAAAUGCCACGGCCAAAAAAUGCGCAAGAAUUUCGAGUUCAUAUUCAGUAUAAUUAUGACUGGACUUUGGGUACAUGGCGAGUACCAACGAAUAAUUGAAAACACCCAAGGGAACGAAAGAUAUCCACCCAGUUUAAUUUUCAAGAAAUAUAUAAUGGACUCGCAAAUGAAAUUGACGGAAAGGCUCGACGACAUGCUAGUCGAGUGUCAGGCAGAUGAGGGGAACGUCAGUCACGAGAUGCGCCAAAUUCUGAAGGCCACAUCGGACCAAAGUAAAAAAUCAGUGGCCGAUUCGCUACUAGAAUUCUUGGAAAAUAAGUACGACACCAAAAGGUGGAUCGUGGUUUUGCUGUCAAAAAAAUGGUCGAAAGUGAACAAGGAAACUUGGGACGAAAUAUUCGAGGCAUUCUAUAUCGACUGUUCAAAAGGAUUCCAUAAGACUACGUACAAAAGCGAUUUUGCUGUCGCCGUUUCGGUUGACAAGGAAGGAGACUUUUCGGCAACCAGAACAUUAAUGGAUUCCCAUUUCAAAGAGUUUGAAAUUCCAUUGUGGACUGUUUGCAUUCACGCUAGAAGUACGAACAAGCUUUUACGCCAGUUUUGGAUUCCAAUUCUCACGGUCACCGACCAAUUAGACGUCGAGUCGCUAUCAGUCGCGCAAACAGGUUUUGAAAAUGUUAUCACAGUGGCCUCAAAAGGAGCGAAAUAUGUGUGGCUUCCAACGUCGAACGUGUGCGGCUCCAGCGUGUUGGUCAUACCAAGGACACCAAUCGUACCCAAAUCGGCGUGUUCUUACAACCCCGUGAGAGCCCAAAAGAGCGGCCGGUUGCGCAAUCUAGACGGACAAGGUUAUCUGUCAGUGAAAUACGACUCGAGCCAAGAAGGAGCCUACGUCAUUUUGGAACAAGAAUCAAGACGCAGCCCCGGUCAGACAUGGACAUUCGUUAAUAAUCAGUUGAGGAAUGGAUUCGGCAAAUGUUUGACAGCGUGGACAUCUGAUUCGUGGUACCUCUACCAGUACGACUGUCAUCAUAAUUGGCCUGGACAAAAGUGGACUCGCAGGGGUCUGCAUUUUCGGAACGGGUAUAAUUUCUGUUUAGACGGUAGUAGCCGUAACAGAUAUGCAAUCCAAAAUUUUUGUCGUUCCGGGUCGUCCUUCAUGUGGCAAAAUCUGGACACCGACUGUUAACCACCAAACACACACGCAUAGUAUUCAUGGUUUCCAUUAUGGAUAAAAAUCUUGAUUAUCUUGCACGCUAAAAAAAAAAAGGAAUUCUUUGUUGGUAAUCUACGGUAAUAAACGCCCAUAAGCUUGUUUUGGAAAA